AUGGUGAGUUUUCUCUUCUCUAAAAUAUUUUUUUUGCAAAAUUUAGUAAAAAUAAUUUAAGUUUGGCUUUAUUCAUGAAAGUAUUCGACAAUUGGUUAUUCGAAAAUUUGGAGAAGAAACAUGGAUGAAUGUUUUGGACAGAUCUGGUUUUGAAAAUGGAAAAGAAAAUAUUGUGAAUCAUUAUUACAGUGAUACAGAUACUUAUGUUUUGGUUGAUAGUGUUGCUCUGGUUUUAAGUACGUUUUGAUCUUGUAAAAUCUGGGAUUUCCAAAUAAAUUUAUAGAAAUCACAAAAGAUCAAGUUUGGGAGCUUUAUGGCGCAUUUCUCAUUACUUAUUCAAUGGAAAUUGGAUGGGAUGAAUUGGUUCGAAGUCUUUCUCCAAAUUUAAAAACAUUUUUGGAUAAUCUUGACAGUCUUCAUUAUUUUAUUGAUCAUGUUGUUUACAAAGCAAAUCUUCGUGGUCCAUCAUUUCGAUGUGAAGAGACUGAAGAUGGAUCUCUUAUUUUGCAUUAUUUCACAUCUCGUCCUGGACUUUAUCAUAUUGUCAAAGGUGUUGUAAAAGAAGUUGCUCGAAAAGUUUUCAAUUUGGAUAUCAAUUUGAUAGUUCAAGGUAGAACUCAAAGAAGUGUUCAUAUGCAAAUGGGAGGUGAAAGAGUUGAAGAACAUGUUAUAUUUUCGAUAAAACAUGUUGGAGAACAAAGAAGAGAAUCAGAAGGAUCAAAUGGGAGUCUCUUGACAGGUUAGUUUUGUUUUUGUGAAGUGAAGCAUGCAUUCUGAAAUUUGAUAUUGAGCAGAUGCUGCUUAUACAGAAAUCUUGGAAGAUCCACUUCGAGUUUCGGUUGAUGACUUUUCUCGAGCUUGUCCUUAUCAUAUUGUAAUUGAUGAAUCCUGUAGAUUGGUGCAGUGUGGAAAUGAAUUAUUGUAAGUUUUUGAAAAAUAUGUAUGGAAUUUCUGAUCUACAGUAAAACCAAAUAUUUCCCUGAUUAACCCAAAAAAUCGUGUUCAGCAAUCAUUGUCCAACUGAUCUUCUAAAACCUGGAACCCCUCUUCAUCGAAUUAUCGAAAUCAAUCGACCUCAAAUUCCUCUCGAUUUCGAUAAUAUCUGCAAUUUUAUCAAUGCUGUUUUUGUUGUCCAAAUCAAAACUCCACCACAACGCAAGAAAUAUCAAGAAAUUGAAGAAGAAGGAACUGAAAGAGCUGAAACACCGUUAGUGAAUAUUUGAUGAAUUACUGUAUUAAAACAUUUUUUUUCGUUUCAGUGAAAAUAACGAUCUUCAACAAGGAUGCCAUUUAAAAUUGAAAGGACAAAUGAUGUUAUUGGGAACUAAGAAACAUAUUAUUUAUAUGUGUUCACCUUAUGUAACUUCAAUUAAUGAAUUAAUGCAAUUUGGAAUGAGAUUAACUGCAAUGCCUUUACACGAUGCUACAAGAGAUCUUAUUUUAUUGAAUCAACAAAGAUUAUCAGAUGUUGAAGUCAAGUAAGUUCUAACAAUCAAUUUGAAAAUAACCAUUGUUUUAUUUCAGUUUGCAACUUGAAGCUAACAACGAGCAACUUGAAUCAAUGACCAAAGAUUUGGAAAUCGAAAAUAAGAAGACUGAUUCAAUUUUAAAAGAUAUGCUUCCUCGUUCAAUUGCACUUCAAUUACUAUCUGGUGAACAUAUCGAACCGUGUGAAUAUGAAGCAACUGUUAUGUUUUGUGAUAUUCCAGCUUUUCAAAGUAUAAUUCCAGCUUCUCCACCAAAAGAUAUUGUUCGAUUAUUGAAUGAGAUAUUUCAUAAAUUAGAUCGAAUUGUUGUUCUUCGAAAAGUGUAUAAAGUCGAAACAGUUGCUGAUAGUUAUAUGACUGUCAGUGGAAUUCCUGAUUACACUCCUGAACAUGCUGAAAAUAUGUGUCACGUUGCAUUGGGAAUGAUGUGGGAAGCGAGAUCAGUUGAAGAUCCAGUUAAUCAUACACCAUUUCUUCUUCGAAUCGGUUUACAUUCUGGAACUAUUAUUGCUGGAGUUGUUGGUACAAAAAUGCCAAGAUAUUGUUUAUUCGGAGAAACUGUGACAAUGGCAAGUCAGAUGGAAUCAUUGGGAAUUCCUGGAAAAAUUCAAUGUUCAAAAUGGGUUGGUUCAAAAUGAAAAUGAAAUUUUAGAUUUUUCACAAAACUUUCAGACAUUCCAAAAAGCUACAGUAACCGGAAGAUUUGAGUUUUGCCCACGUGGCCGAAUUUGUGUUAGAGGAAGAGGUGAAGUUGAGGUGUAUUUCUUGACAAGAAGUUUGAAGAAAAGUAUUUGGGAGAUCACCGAUCAUGAAAGAGAUAUAAAUGUGAAUAGUAUCGAAGGUUAUGAAGAACUUGAAACAGCAAUCGAAAAUGCUGUUUCAAAGACAAAUGAGAAUGAGAAAACGCGUCCAGAUCAACGAGCAUCGGCGGCUUGCACAAUUAGUUAG